AGAGAAAACUGAAAUCACACAACUCUUCUUCUUCCCCUUUCUCUUAGAAAAAAUAUCCGAGAGAAAAGGCGACUGGAAAAUCAGCUUGAAGAGGAGGCUGUGGAGGUUUGUGCCAUGAGUGACUUAGAGAAGUACAAAAGCAUGGAGGAGAGUUUAUUAUUGCCGCCAUUGAAGACUUCAACUGCAACAACAACAACAACAACAUCAACAUCAACAACUUGUGAUGUUUUCUUUACAGAAGUUAAAACUGUAGGUUGCUUAGCGGCUCCUAUGGUGGUGGUGGUUCUUUCUCAGUUCAUGCUGCAGGUUAUUUCGGUCAUGAUGGUUGGUCAUCUCAGCGAACUCGCUCUCUCUAGCACCGCUAUCGCCAUCUCCCUCUCCGCCGUCACAGGCUUCAGUCUUCUUAUGGGAAUGGCGAGUGGAAUGGAAACUCUAUGUGGACAAGCUUUUGGAGCAAAGCAAUAUGGAAGAAUUGGAACUCAAACUUACGCUGCAAUAUUGUCUCUAUUUCUAGUCUGUCUCCCUCUUUCUUUGCUAUGGAUUUUCAUGGGAAAGCUUCUGGUUUUAAUCGGCCAAGACCCCAGGAUUUCUCAUGAAGCUGGAAAAUUCAUACACUGGCUUGUUCCUGCUCUCUUUGCCCAGGCAACGCUUCAGCCGCUCGUCCGAUACUUUCAGACGCAGAGCUUGACAUUUCCAAUGUUCUUAAGCUCUUUCGCCAGUCUUUGUUUCCACAUUCCUCUUUGUUGGGGACUGGUGUUCAGGUCUGGACUUGGAAACCUGGGGGGAGCAUUGGCCAUCGGUAUUUCGUAUUGGUUGAAUGUGAUUUUCCUGGUAAUUUACAUGAUGUUUUCUUCGGCUUGUGAGAAAACUCGGGCUCCGAUUUCCAUGGAUGUUUUCAGAGGAAUUGGACAGUUCUUCCGGUUUGCAAUUCCUUCUGCAGUCAUGAUCUGCCUGCAAUGGUGGGCAUUUGAACUCCUUAUUUUGAUGUCAGGACUUCUGCCAAAUCCAAAGCUUGAAACUUCUGUCCUAUCUGUCUGCCUCCACACAAUUGCAACAUUCUACUCGAUUCCCUAUGGACUUGGUGCUGCAGGAAGUACUAGAGUUUCAAAUGAAUUGGGAGCUGGGAACCCACAAAAGGCUCGAGUAGCUGCAUAUGCAGUGCUUUUUCUAACAGUGACAGAGACAAUUUUAGUGAGUGCAAGUCUGUUUGCAAGUCGCCAUGUUUUCGGAUAUGUUUUCAGCAAUGAGAAAGAAGUUGUAGAUUAUGUCACCACCAUGGCUCCUCUGGUUUGCAUAUCUGUCAUCAUUGACUCCUUACAGGGAGUCCUUUCAGGUGUUGCAAGAGGAUGUGGGUGGCAGCAUAUAGGGGCAUUUGUAAAUCUUGGAGCCUUAUAUUUGUGUGGAAUUCCAAUAGCUGCAACAUUGGGUUUCUGGUUGAACCUGAGAGGAGUGGGACUAUGGAUUGGAGUACAAGCUGGUUCUUUUACUCAAGCACUUCUACUUUUUAUCAUAACAAGUUACACAAAUUGGGAAAAACAGGCAAGUAAAGCAAGAGAGAGAACACUUGAGGGAAGAUCUUUAGCAGAAAAUGGAGAUGGGGCAAUGUGAGUGAGCACUAUCCUAUGAAUAUAUGGGUCUAAAUAAGUAAUAAGACGAAAAACAAAUUUUAGUUUCUGAAUUUAAUUCCCUGCUUUUUUUCUAAAGUUGGAUUCGAUCCAAACUACUAAAGCUUAGAUUGAUCAAGCUGAGUUCGAACUGAUUUAAACAUUCGAGAUUAAGUUAACUUGGAUCAAAUUCAAAGUUAAUUUUUUUUCGAA